GUGGAGUUUUUCAGUCAGUUUUGGUGCGUAAAUACAACUUUGCAAUGUUUGUUCAUUGCAAAGUCUAGAGAACUGAUAACAGAAUCUGUAGUUUUUUUUUUUACAGGAGCGCACCGUUGUGCUCUGUUUUAUUCCGACGUACCUAAAGUCUUAUCUAAAAUCUAGCGAGGGCGUCACGUCAUCAGUGUGUUUAUUUGUCACCAUCUCACACAGCGGGCACCCGACGCGUAAGCUUUGCCUCCGAGCUGUCAAUUUAAGUUAAUAACCAAUAAAAUUUCGAGGACAAACACAAGUCCGAGCGCUACAAAACCUCACUGAGCUCAUUGGCCGCUUUUUCGCUCAGUAACGUCAGCACUGACCAAUGGCUGCUUAGAAUCACUAUUAGCUAGCCAAUCGAUGGUUUAGCCUGCCCCCGAAUGUCAACCAGUGGCUCGGAUGCAGCAGCUGUCAUUGUGAGAAGACAUAAAAAAGCGACCGUAGUUGGAACAGUGGGACUUUUCGCUUCACAAACUACUUAUUGUAGUGCUGUCAAACUCCCGAUAUUGUAUCUGAACAUGAAAUUUGGUCUGACAUUUUGUCCUCACUAACGCUACUUUAGAUUCGUAUACCAUAAGCCAUGCCAUGUAGUUCGCAACUCGUGCGGUGAUGUCAACAUCAUCAUCCACGAGCCCCUCGCACCAGCAGCCAGCGCGUGUCAGGCGCGCCACCGCGGGCUCCCCCACCGCCGCCGCCGCCGCGCCCGGCCGCCUGCAGCCCCUGCGCGCCACUGUGCCCUACCAGCUGCUGUGUGGGGGUCCGCGCAGCCCGACUCGCUGUCCCUCCUCCUCCUCCUCCUCCUCCUCUUCUUCCUCCUCCUCCUCCUCCACCUCCACCGGGAGCAACACGGAGCCGUCGACCUCCCGCUGCUCCAGCCCCAGCAGCAGCAGCCCGACGACGCAGCCGCCCUCAAAGCCCGGCGGGAGCGGCUCGGCGGACGGGUCCAGCGCAGCGACUCACGGACGGUCCCCGCCGCCGGAGACGAGCUCCCCGGAGCCGGGCGGCGGCUCGCCUGUGUGCGGAGUGGAGAGGCACAGGAUUCAGCCGGUCCGAAGCUCAGGAGCCAUCCGUCGGGCAUCCUCCUUGGGCACCAUAACUGGACCCUAUUUGACGGGGCAGUGGCCACGAGACCCUCACGUGCUGUACGCCUUCUGCGUGAAGGACAAAGCUACACAGACCCCCGAAUGCUGGAGUGACGAAAGAGGGGAGAAGAGGGCCGUGCAUCAGCGCUCUGCAUCCUGGGGCAGCGCCGACCACCUCAGAGAGCAGAUCUCGAAGCUCCGACAGCAGCUGCAGCGCAGUAAGCAGAGCGGCCGAAACAGCAGGGAGAAGGAGCUCCUGUCCCCACAACAAACCGCCCAGACCACGCAGACGCCCCCGCUGGGUGGUCACCCACAGCUGUCCAUGUCGAAGUCAGUGCAGAUGCCACUGUCCAACAUCACGGUGCCCAAGGCCUCCAUGUCUAGGGUGCCGAGCAGUAUGGAGGGCAUCAACCAUGAGCUGGAGAAGGUCUUCAUCAAGGACAAUGAGGAGAAGGAGGAGCUCAAGGCCCUGGAAGUCCCCGAUGGACGGCGCGCCCCCUUCCCCCCCCAGCAGCGCAGCAGCAGCACUCGCAGCGUGGACACACAGACUCCGUCGGCGCCCGGCCGCUCCAGCAGCUGCUCCAGCCUAUCCCCCUGCCCGUCGCCUGCCUGCCCCCACGGCUCCCAUGACGGCAGCCCCUACUCCACGGAGGACCUGCUGUACGACCGUGACAAAGACAGCGGGAGCAGCUCACCUUUACCCAAGUUUGCCUCAUCACCCAAGCCCAACAACAGUUACAUGUUCAAACGGGAGCCUCCCGAGGGCUGCGAGAGAAUCAAGGCCUGCGAGGAGCUCGCGUCCCGGCCAUCAGCCACUCCUCCGCUCUUCUCCUGUCCCGACAAAAACAAGGUGAACUUCAUUCCCACGGGCUCGGCCUUCUGCCCCGUCAGAAUACCGGGCUCCUCCUUCUCCACCUCGACCUCCGACCCCGAUGACGACGACCACGACCCCGGGCCGGGCCACGCGCCGCUGCCCCUCACGCGGGUCUCCACCAGCACAGACGAUCCCCCUUCAGAGGCCCCAGCAGUGCCACCCUCGGAGCAGGAGGCGGAGGCAUCGGACGGGGCCUCUUCGCCGCAGAACUUUGUCAGCUAGUCUUGGACAGAGCAGGCUUCUGUCUUGGCCCUACCCUGGUGUACCCCGGGCCCCCCCCCCCCCGCACCUCAGGCCUCUGGUAACCCCCAACCCCCUCUGAGACGGACCCCACUAAUCUGCUGUACCCCACAUUCUGCAUGGCAUAGCAACAAUAUCAGAAAAAAAAUAGACAAAAAAACCUAGUGAUCGUAGCAUAUUCUUAAGCACUAUUGGCAGGGACAGGAGCUCAGUACUGAGUGGUUAUGCUGGCAUUUUGGGGGGUAAAAUAACAAAAGGAGAGUCACGUACUUUAUUUAGGGUUCUUAAGGGGUGGGCGGGGGGCAUGCAGUUGAAACUGGUAGUAUGUUAAAGAUAAUUUAUGUGUCAUAUGGUCUGUUUCAACAUCCACAGUAUGAAUAAGCUCUAUAUCAAAACAAAAAAAUGCUUGUUUGAAGUUGAAAAACCUGUAUUUCUUUGUCGUGUGUAACAGGAGGAAAAGUGCACUGCAGGGUUAUGGUCUCGCACACAGUCCAGAUCACGUUCCCACAUGUCAUAAGGAGAACUGAGCGCAGGUGCUGUACCGUGUCCAUGUUUCCCGAAAGGUAUUAACCCUGUUUCUGUGGAAGGAGCGGCAGACACUGACCCGCAGGUACUCCACGGCAAGGCACGGUACCCGUCCGCCUGCUGCGGGGCUUGGGCCCAGCAGGCAGCGCCUGGAUCGCGUCCUGCGGCCAGGGUCCUGAAAGCCAUACUGGGCCUGAGUGCCCAUCCACAAGCUGACAAAUGAUGUGCGUAGGUGUGGCGAUGUGGCUCUGUUUGGGGCCCCGGGGUGCAGUCCGGUCCUGACCCGACAAACACGGACGCUGCAGUGUGAAGGCUGUGUGCAAGGAGCCUUUUCCUGCUGGCAGUAGUGUAAUGAUCACCACCCAGCCUGGGAACAAACAUCACACAAUUUUUCUCUCUCCCCCCCCCCAUUGUAAACAUUCCCAUAUGUUUUCCUCCUCGACACAGUGACAGCGGACACACCUGUGAUGGGCUGCAGACUUCCUCGGGCAGUGUAACGUGGGGGUGGGGGGGGGUUCUUCACACAGGCCUCGAACCCGAGUUCCACUGCAUCGCUUGAACCGUUCCAUCUUUAAAGGGGUUGAGAACAAAAUAUGAGCGGCUCUAUACAGAUCUAUAUAGACCCUUAAUGGUGGAGAAUUUCAAAACAAAUGGGAGCAGCGCGCAUGACAGGUUCAGGACCGUACGCCGAAAGGCUGUAGAAUAAAACACGUUUGUUACAAAUAUACAGAACGUUACAAGUAAAAACAUUUAUUGAUCCCGAUGCGAAUUUUUUUCACUUUCCAUUUUUCACCCUCCUGUGCAGCAAUAAUUGAUGGGUGGAAUAUAUUUUUUUUCUACUCAGUAAAUUGGAAAGAUACAGAUGAACAUUCAUGUAAUUUUGUAAGGUCACAUUAAAAAGGAAAAUAUGACAAAGUGCUGUGUAUAGACAGGUGUACCGCUGAUGAAAUGGUGUAUUUUUAGUUACACUAUUGAGUACUGCUUUAAUGUGCACUGAUGCAAUAUUACUGCUGCACCUGUAUAUGGCGCUGUGCUUUUAUUCUUAAAUGUUAUACUAUGGUAAAUUAGGUAAGUGCAAUAAUGCCAAAUACUGCUGGAAGUCCCUCUGGUAAUUAUUGUAAGCACUGAAUGUAAAUUAAACCCACAGGUGUUUUGUUCCACUGUUC